GCAAUGCCAACGUAGAUUGAAUCUUCAGAUUUAGAUGCACACAUUACUGCUAGACCGAAAUCAACAAAAUUAGUUGUUCUACAUUUUGUCACUGAGACAAUUUAUUCACUACCACGCUUUUGCACCUUCACAAGAAGAAACAGAAUGGUAUAAAAAAAUCGACUACGAAAGUUAAAUUUUGACAUCAACGGCCUUGAUUGAUUGAAGCGUGGACUCCAUAACCUAUUCGCCAUUCGUAGUAACCCGCCAUUCCAUUCCCACCAGAUAUAGUAACUUGAGUGCCGAACAGACAAAGAGAGUAUAGACAGAUAGAUGUCAAUGUCUGGGGUGGAUGGGUCUUACCGGGAGCAGUUGGUGCGGAGGGAGUUGUCGGCAAGUGCCCACAAGUCCAUUCACAGCCUCCCUCUCAACAUACUGCAGUUAAUUCUCUUUAUUGCAAACGUGGUGUUGGCAUUUGUGUGGGAAUACUUAUACGAUAAGGAGGAUGAAAAGUGGAAAGAUGGAUUCGGAAACCCCUUCUCGGUACAAGCGUACUACAACGUGUUCAAUUGGCUCGUCCUCUUACUCAUCCACACUGUGUUGAGACGCAUGCACAGGACUUCCCUGGCUGAGGGCUACUUCUCAUUCUAUAGACGCACGAAAGAAAUCAGAGGCGCCCCAUUCUUCAUCAGCUCAAUCGUGAACACGAUGCUGCUGGCGCUGAACAAUGUUCUGCGAGAUCUGACCCUAAAUGACCCGGACAAAGACGACGAAUACGCACUGCACAUUAUACAGGGGUUUUUCAUUUUGGAGUUGCUGUGCGCUUCUUUCUUCAUACUGAAAUACUGUUGGCUCGUUCACAAAUUCAACGACAGCAAGGACCCUCCAGACUACAUGCUGGAGACGAACAAGUUCAUCGAUCAGCCGGGGGAGAAUUUGGCAGGAAGGGACUCUGCUGUAGUGGAGAUUGGGUUCCGAGAAGUGGGCAGGGCAGCCGAGAUCAUCGAGAGACAGUAUGACAUCAUCGAACAUCUCAGUCGCACUUUACGGGACAUUAGGGGCGACAACAAUGGUCAAUGGAUGAAUGGGACUAACAAUGGGGAUCUUAUGGCUGAUUUGAAUGGAUAUGGUGACAGAUCUGACUUUUCGGCGAGCGGGAUCGAUCCCUGAGAUCCGAAUCAUGAGUUUCACGAGGGUUCAGCUAAGUUCAACCCGUUAUUAUUGAAGUUGUCUGAGGAUAGAAUAACCCUGAUUUAAAGUCGAGGAUUACUUAAACUGGCUGCUGCGUGUUGAUGCGCCAAAUAUUUUUUACAAUAUUCUAUUUCUUAGCUGCUUUUCUGUUUUUUUUUAAUCAUUUGAAAAUUGAGGUGCUUUUUGAGUUAUAUAGUAAAAGCUGAUCGGUAUCAGGACCUUGUCAAAUACUGUCGAUAUAAUAUGGAUUUGAUUCAGUAAACAUUGGAAUUUGAUGUCUUGAUAAGAGAAUUAACAUAAAUGUAAUAGUUAUUUUGAUGCGCAUUUGACAUCAUCCAAAGAAGUUUUUAUGCGUUUGAUGCGGGAUUUUAAAAUUUUUACCAUCUUGUUGCUGCAGAUUGUACCUUUAAAAAGAUCGUUUUGAGCGAGAGUGAAGCUUGUUAUAAACAUCUCUGUGACGAAUUGUUACUUGACCGAAUGCAAAUUAAGAUUCAAAAGAGCCAAAUCUUCAAGAGCGAAGUUGAAAUAUCUCAAACAUCACUGUGGUGAAAAUCUUGUCUGUAUGUCAUUGAUGCUAUCAGUUUUCAUGAUGAACAAGCUCUGAACAGUUUAUAUUUUUUUCACGCUUUAAAUCGCUUCUGAUGGAAGAUUUUUGAAAGUCAGAACACCGACCAUGCCUUCAUGACAGAUUUUGGAAUUACAUGUUACGUUUGUUUUCAAAAUGGGUCUCAUUAAAUUGAUGACUCUUGGCUAGCUGUCGACUUUCUCUUCUGGGUUGGAUAUCACCUUUUUAAUCGAAAUUAAGGCGUUGCCAUCAAAUAUUUAAUUUCGAGUUUCAGUUAUGAUUAGAAAUGAAAUUUCUUCCCUCUUAUUUUUGGAAAAUAUAGGUAAUUCUGUUUUAAUACUUCCAUAGAUUGUUUGCUUAGUAUUUUUUCCUUCAAACAUUGAAAAGAAAUACUUCAAACUGCUUGAAAGUAUUUCAUUCAUUGAUUGUCCACAAUUCGAAUUGUUUCUUUUAGCAAUGCGAUUGAUUGAUUGUCUGACUUUGAGAUCUAUCAAAUCUUAACUAAACGCUGUAUUUCUAUAUUUCUUCGGUACAAAUUACUGAAGAAAUUUGUGACCGAAUAACGGAAUCUUUGACAAUUUUGAGUGGCCCGUUUUCGGCGCUGAAAUAUAUUAAUUUUCAACCUAUUAUUGCUCAACUUUGCUUUUCUCUAAACAUUGUCCUGUGUCGAAGUUUCCUCUUUCUAAAGGUGCUCCUGGAAUUAAAUUCAACUGUUUAAUUUAUCUCCUCUCCCUCACAAACGUGCUACAAAAUACACAAGUAUAUCUUAGAAGUUGUUUUCAUAGUUAGAUCUUGUCCUAGACUGAAUUGUAAUUUAAUUUUUUCAUCUAA